CGAAUCGUUGAAAGCGCCCGUUGUGUGAGGAGAGAGAGAAAUAGUUUUUAGGACUCUCGGCGUCGUGUCGGCCAUUGUGGAAAUAGUGGGUACCGGCUUACGUGAAUGACGACGAUCGUGCUCUCAUUGUUAGCCUUAUUGUCGCGCGCGCACAAGUCGUGAGGGGAAAAGAAAAAAAAAAAGGGGACGAAUGUAUGGUGGUAAGGUUUCGACCGCGCAUCAACGAUUAUAACCGAUAGUAGCAAUAACUGUGUUUAAUCAUAUGAUUUAUCUGGAGAGAAAGGAUGCAGAAUAGUAGUACAAGGAAUGACCUCGCAUAGUCAGAAAAUCCACGAAAAGCAAUCCGCUGCAGCAGCACCAGCAUCAGCACCAUCAGCAGCAGCGAGCGUUCACUACGAAAGUGGGAAGACAUCGUCGACUCCAAUCAUCGAAUUCAAGCCCUACGAAAUCGGAAACCGAGACCUCGGAACUGCAGCCACUCAGUUAUAGGGCGUAUCGCUUUCAGGGAUCACCUAAAACCGGACCGUGGCGUCUCUCAGGCUUCUCUCUACUAUCAACGACGUUCGCGUACGGAGUUCCUUGUUCAUGCAUAGAUACUUACGCUCCUCCGUGCAUCAAUGACGUGGAAAUAAUCUCAAUUUCAAUUUCUCUACAUCGCCUAUCCAUCCCUUGUCAUCGCGCAAGUUACGAACGUGAACGUCCUCGCGCAGCGUCGGCCGAUUAUGUCAUGUGGCGAGGGGUGAAGAGAGAGCAAACAAAUGGGAGUACGAAGAGCAGAUGGAGUAUUUCGCGAUUGAUCAAGUUGAAUUGGACGAAGAUCAUCCUGAAUCCUCGAAAUUUUUGUUGACUUCUGAGGAUACUGAGCGUUCUGUGGACCUUGAAACUCAAGUGAGUCUCUGGGCACUCUCUGCGACAGCUCUUAUUGGAAAAUUGUCAUUGGACGAUAGGAAGGACUUGUCCGACCACGAGGUGCUCCGAUGUUUAACAUCUAGUGUUUCUUGUGGAUUGGACGAGGCUGCGGCCGCAUUAACACGUAUGCGUAGUGACAAUCCACGUACGCCGAACGAAAAGCGUUCUCUCGUCGAGACGUGCAUCGAUGGAGACUUUGGUACUGUUCGGAAAUUGUUGAUAGAGGGCCGAAGCGUUCAUGAAACUACUGAGGAAGGAGAAAGCUUACUCUCUUUAGCUUGCUCAGCUCGUUACUACGAACUUGCUCAGGUCCUUUUGGCGAUGAAUGUCAAUGUAGAAAAUCGUGGCAUCAAAGGGGACUGUACCCCCUUAAUGGAAGCCGCCAGUGCAGGACACGUAGAUAUCGUGAGUUUGUUGAUCGCUCACGGAGCAGAUGUCAACGCUCAAUCUACUUCAGGUAAUACACCUCUUAUGUAUGGAUGCAUUGGUGGACAUGAUGAGGUUGUACGUGUCUUAUUAGAAGCGGGAGCUAAUGUUGAAGAUCAUAAUGAGAAUGGUCAUACACCUUUAAUGGAAGCAGCGAGUGCUGGUCAUUGUCUAAUUGCCAAGAUUUUACUUGAUCAUGGUGCUGGCAUCAAUACUCAUUCCAAUGAAUUUAAAGAAUCGGCAUUAACGUUAGCCUGCUAUAAAGGACAUUUAGAGAUGGUUCGCUUUUUAUUGGAAGCUGGUGCAGAUCAGGAGCAUAAAACUGAUGAGAUGCAUACAGCCCUCAUGGAAGCAUCGAUGGAUGGUCAUGUGGAAGUUGCUCGUUUACUUUUAGAUUCAGGUGCCCAAGUAAAUAUGCCGACGGACAGCUUUGAAUCACCAUUAACAUUAGCUGCUUGUGGAGGUCAUGUGGACUUGGCUAUGCUUCUAAUCGAGCGUGGAGCAAACAUUGAAGAAGUUAAUGAUGAAGGUUACACACCGUUAAUGGAAGCAGCGCGUGAAGGUCACGAAGAGAUGGUCGCUUUACUUUUGAGUCAAGGUGCAAACAUCAAUGCCCAAACUGAGGAAACUCAAGAAACGGCGCUUACCUUGGUCUGUUGUGGCGGUUUUCUGGAAGUUUCCGAUUUUUUAAUUAAAGCGGGGGCAGAUAUAGAAUUGGGUGCUUCGACGCCUUUGAUGGAGGCCGCGCAAGAGGGACACUUACAACUUGUGGAAUAUUUGCUGCAAUCCGCAGCGGAUGUUCAUGCUCAGACACAGACGGGGAAUACAGCUUUGACAUAUGCCUGCGAGAAUGGUCAUACUGACGUUGCUGAUCUUUUAUUACAAUUUGGCGCUGAUUUAGAGCAUGAAUCAGAGGGAGGUAGAACUCCCCUGAUGAAGGCUUGUAGAGCAGGUCAUCUGUGUACAGUUCAAUUCCUCAUUUCGAAGCGUGCUGAUGUUAAUCGACAAACAACAAACAAUGAUCAUACUCCUCUUUCAUUGGCAUGCGCUGGUGGUCAUCUUGUAGUAGUUGAACUGCUUCUAGCAAACUCUGCAAAUCCAUUUCAUAAAUUAAAGGAUAACUCUACUAUGCUGAUAGAAGCGGCAAAAGGUGGUCACACUACUAUUGUUCAGCUUUUAUUGGAUUAUCCUCAUAGCAUUAUGAUGAGUGCCCCCCAUAAUGCUGCAUCUGCGUCAUUGUUAUUACCACAGCAACAACAACAACAGCAUAUAAGUCAUCAGCAGCAUGUACCUCAUCCUCAACAAACUUCUAGAGGCAGUGGAGGGUACACGAGUUUGUCAGAACCUAAUAUCUGUCUUAGUCCGACACCAACAGCGUCGACACAAGGAGUAAAUGUAACCGAAAGUCAGAAAAAUACUAGACAAGAGCAUAUCCUUCAUAAACAACUAAUACUUGAGGAAUUACAAAGGGUAGAGCGAGAUUUGCAAAGGAGAGAUGCAGGACAUUUAUUGUCUGAUCCGCGAAGUUCUAUUGUAAAUCAAUCCCAGCAACAAAAUUCUAGUAAGACUGAGGCAUUAUUACCAGUGCUAAAUAUUGAUUUACCGGAUCCUGAAGUACGAAAGUACAAAGAAAACGCUUGCGCAUUUCUUACUGGAGCUCAAAAAUCUAAAACUUCCUCCAUUAAUGAAAGAGUGUUGAAAUUCAAGGAUGACCAAGAUCUUCCACUUGACGAUGCGUUUGAAAGUUUUCGCUCCCUCAGUUUUGAUGAUGCAGUUGAGAAAGAUCAAGAAAAAUUUGAGUUAAAAAGAUUGGAUAUGUCGAAUAACAAAGAACAACAACGGCAGCAGCAGCAACAACAUUUGCAAACUCAAAUAGUACAGCAAAGUGGAAGUUCCCAUGUAACUCAAGAAUAUUUCACUAAUCCUGUGCUGUCAGUACCGUCGGUCUCUCUAUCUACGCUACCAUCGCUGCAAGUACCCAGUGCUGGUGUCCAGAUAGAAGCCGAUAUAUCAGCGGGCUUACAACGAACACGUACGCAAUCGUUGCAAAAUCCAGCGAUAAAGAAUCGUCUGAGAGCUUUCAAGGAAGGAUUUCGCCAGGGUAGCAUACAUUUUCGCAAAUGUAUGCAACAUAUUAACAGUGAUACCUUUCAGCCUCAAUUAUUGCUUCAAUUCUCUCAAAUAACUGUCAAUGGAACAACGGGAAUAAUAGACAGUAUACCGCCUCAUCAAUCAAGCAGUUAUGCACAAUCUACAACUUGUACCACUAAUCAAGUUCAAGUCGUUACCCAAACUCAAGCACCUGCUAUUACAACCUCUUCAAACAUUGCCGCCGUUGAUAAGAAACAAAUGUACACUGCGCCGAUUACCGGUAAGAAUAAGAAGACCAGAUAUCCUCUCCUGUCUCAACAGCAACAAUCUUGCCAGCAACAACAAACUGCCAGUGCUCAACAGACUUCCAAUUUUCCGACGCAAAAUUAUCAACUAGAUCCGGCGACAGUUGGAGGAUACACGACUAACCAAGUUCCACCUACUCCAUUCUCAUGUAUGGAUGUUGAUUCAGAAACUGACAGUAAUCGUGACACAGCAUUGACCCUAGCUUGUGCCGGAGGGCAUGAAGAGCUUGUUGAACUUCUUCUUCUUCGUAAAGCAGCUAUAGAACAUAGAGAUAAGAAAGGAUUUACUCCACUCAUUUUGGCUGCAACAGCGGGUCACCAGAAAGUAGUCGAUAUUCUACUUAAUCAUGGUGCUGACAUUGAAGCACAAUCUGAACGUACCAAGGAUACACCAUUGUCUCUUGCGUGUAGCGGAGGUAGAUACGAAGUAGUCGAGCACUUGCUUAAUCGCGGUGCAAAUAAAGAACAUCGUAAUGUUUCUGACUAUACACCUUUGAGUCUCGCGGCAUCUGGUGGAUAUGUGAAUAUAAUAAAGCUGCUACUCGCUUCUGGUGCUGAAAUUAAUUCUCGUACCGGCUCGAAAUUGGGUAUAUCUCCACUUAUGCUUGCUGCUAUGAAUGGGCAUACUGCGGCAGUUAAAUUACUGUUGGAUAUGGGUUGUGAUAUCAAUGCACAAAUCGAGACAAACCGUAAUACAGCAUUGACACUCGCGUGCUUCCAAGGAAGACAUGAAAUUGUUAGUCUUCUUCUUGAUCGAAAAGCCAAUGUUGAACAUCGAGCUAAGACUGGUCUAACACCGCUAAUGGAAGCUGCUAGUGGUGGAUACGUUGAGGUUGGUCGCGUGUUACUUAGCAAAGGUGCGGAUGUUAACGCAACACCUGUCCCAUCAUCUCGCGACACUGCCCUAACUAUUGCCGCUGAUAAAGGUCACUGCCGUUUCGUAGAACUCUUAUUGACAAGAGGAAUUCAAGUCGAAGUAAAAAAUAAAAAGGGUAACAGCCCAUUAUGGUUAGCUGCAAAUGGCGGGCAUCUUAGUGUCGUAGAUCUGUUGUAUCAUGCGGGUGCAAAUAUCGACUCGCAGGAUAAUCGUAAGGUUUCUUGUCUGAUGGCUGCUUUUCGAAAAGGUCACAUUAAAGUGGUUAAAUGGAUGAUGAAUCAUGUAAUACAAUUCCCAAGUGACCAGGAGAUGACGAGGUAUAUAGCAACUGUUAGUGACAAGGAACUCUUGGAGAAGUGUCAAGAAUGCAUGAAAGUAAUAAGAGCAGCUAAAGAGACACAAGCUAUUAAGGCGAACAAAAACGCUACCAUAUUGCUAGAAGAACUCGAUAUGGAAAAAACAGAAGAAUCAAAAAAGGCAGACGCUGCGCGAAGACGGGAAAGUAAGAAAAAAAAGAAGCUCGAGAAGAAGGAGGAGAAACGUAAACUUCAGAAGAACGAAACAGCUUUCGAGGACAAAGAGGAGAACGGAAAGAAAUCGGGCGAUGAGGAAUGCGAUCGGGUGGAUGACAGUGAACACGAGGGUGGUGAGAGAAUGGAGAGCGUGCCAUCAUCCAUGAACAGAAGUCCAGAGGAUCCUGAUAGAGAGAAAGGUGAUAGUGGAAUAGAUGCAAAUAGUCACGGAAGUUGUAGUAGCAAUGAUGUAAUGGCAAGAGAAAAGAAGAAAGAUAAGAAGAAAAAAAAGAAUAAUACUCCUAAUAACAAUGUUAAAAUAAAACGUAUAACGUAUAUGACUCCUUUAGUGUCAUAUCAAUUAUUUAUUUUUUAUUUUUUUAUUUUUUUUAUUAAGAUGGGUCUAACACCGCUAAUGGGAGCUGCUAGUGAUGGAUACGUUGAGGUUUACCGCAUGUUAUUUAGCAAAGGUGUGUUAACGCAACACCUGUUUCCCAUUUCUAAAAGCAAUAAAAUACAACAAUUGAGUAUUGUUUUAAUUGUAAAUAAUUAUAUUCUUUUUCUGUCUAAAAUUAAAAAAAGAUAUAAUUAUUAAUAAAUUUCAAAAAUUUCUAUUUUUUAAGAAAGUUGAUAUGUAAAGUCUAUUUACAGCACUAUUUAUAGAAUUGUAUACUUAAAUAUACAUGAAAAUU